AUGGGAGCAGGAAUGGAGAUCGUCCGCCAAAGGCGGCCGCCUACGGCAAAUAGACGGCACCUUGCCAGCGUCUUAUACCAGAAAACUAUAUGGGAGCCUGCCCGGGAACCGUGCGUACCUGUUGACACACUACGCACAGGCCACAGUUGGCUAUCUACCUACGCUAAGACCUUUGGCUUCCGUGAAGACGAUCAGUGCGUGUGCGGCGCGCACGAAACAGUCACCCCCGUGCUGGUGGACUGUCCAAACUUGAGGGAAAUUCGGAGGGAGUUACGGUGUGAAGUAGGGGAUGCAUUUGGCAGCAUGUCGAGUCUGCUGGGAGGCUCAAUCGAAGGUAAGAGAGGUAAACCAGACACCGUCUCGCGGGCGGAGACGGUCAAGGCCGUUCUCGACUUUGCCGAGGCGUCACAACGGUUUUGUAGUCGUGCGCCCCAAGGGCAGCCUAACAAUGGGAACGGCAGUUAG